CGGCGGGUCGCUGCUGGCGCGGUUGUGUCGCAGGUGAGGAGACGGCGGCCGAGCGUGUGUCUCAGCGGUGACCCCGGUCCCCCAGCUCGACGCCGACGCGUUCCCCGCCCGAGUCGGGCGCGACUGCAGCGGCGGGCGGUGGGCGCCCUGGGCCGAGGCUCGGCCGGAACCGGGGGCUGCGGGCCGGGGCUUCGGGGGUUCGGGACGCGCCGGCCGUUCGUUCGUUCGCCGGGCGCAAGGAUGGCGCAAAAGAAGUAUCUCCAAGCAAAAUUGACCCAGUUUUUAAGGGAAGACAGAAUUCAACUUUGGAAACCUCCUUAUACAGAUGAAAAUAAAGAAGUUGGUUUGGCAUUGAAGCACCUUGCUAAGAAGUACUCUGACAAGCUAGAAUGUUGUGAAAAUGAAGUAGAAAAGAUAAUAGAAGAAAUACGUUGCAAAGCAAUUGCGCGUGGCACAGGCAAUGAACACUAUAAAACAACAGGAAUUGCUACAAUUGAAGUCUUUUUACCAGCACGAUUUAAAAAAGACAGGAAGAACUCGUUGGAGACUCGACUGCACAUCUCGGGCAGAGAGCUGAGGUCUAAAAUAGCUGAAACCUUUGGAUUUCAAGAAAAUUAUAUCAAAAUUGUCAUAAAUAAGAAACAACUUCAACUAGAGGAAACACUUGCGGAACAGGGAGUGACACACAAUGUAAAGGCUAUGGUGCUCGAAUUAAAGCAGUCUGAAGAGGAUGCGAGAAAAAACUCCCAGGUGGAAGAGGAAGAGCAGAAUGAAGCCAAACAGAAAGAAAAGAGAAUUCAGAGGACGAAGAGAGGACUGGAGAUACUGGCAGAGAGAGCUGAGAUGGUGGUGGAUCCAGAAACCACACCGUAUCUAGACAUAGCCAACCAGACGGGCAGGUCCAUCAGAAUCCCUCCGUCAGAGAGAAAAGCCCUUAUGUUAGCUAUGGGAUAUCAUGAGAAGGGCAGAGCUUUCCUGAAACGAAAAGAAUACGGAAUAGCCUUGCCAUUUCUGUUGGACGCUGACAAAUAUUUCUGCAAGUGCUGCACGGAGCUGCUGGAUACGGUGGACAACUACGCGGUGCUCCAGCUGGACAUAGUGUGGUGCUACUUCCGCCUGGAACAGCUGGAAUGCCUGGACGAUGCAGAGAAAAAGUUAAGCUUGGCCCAGACAUGCUUCAAAAAUUGUUAUGGAGAAAAUCAUCAGAGACUGGUCCACAUAAAAGGAAAUUGCGGAAAAGAGAAAGUCUUGUUUUUAAGACUUUACUUGCUUCAAGGCAUCCGAAAUUAUCACAGCGGACGUGGUGAAGAGGCUCGUGACUAUCUCAACAAGGCACGCCAGCUCUUUAAAGAGCUCUAUAUCGAUCCAUCAAAAGUUCACAGUUUGAUGCAGUUGGGAUUUACUGCUCAGGAGGCUCGGCUUGGCCUGAGGGCCUGUGAUGGGAACGUGGACCACGCAGCUGCCCACAUCACCAACCGCAGAGAGGAACUGGCCCAGAUCAGGAAGGAAGAAAAGGAGAAGAAGCGGCGCCGCCUGGAGAACGUCAACUGUCUGAAAGGGAUGGGCUACUCCGCUCACGCGGCCAGGCAGGCGCUGCACCAGGCCGCCGGCAACCUGGAGGAGGCCCUCAAGAUUCUUAUCAGUAACCCUCAGCUGUGGUGGUUAAAUGAUUCCGAUCCUGAAACCAACAGCCACCAAGAAAGUCCUUCUCAGGAAAACAUCGACCAACUGGUGUACAUGGGCUUCGACGCGCUGGCGGCAGAGGCGGCCCUGCGGCUGUUCAGGGGGAACCUCCAGCUGGCAGCGCAGACCCUGGCUCACAACGGCGGCGGCCUCCCUCCCGACCUGCAGCUCGCGGCCGAAGACUGUUCGUCAUCCACGCCGUCCACGUCCCCGUCCGAUUCCGCAGGGACCUCUAGCGCCUCGACGGAUGAAGACAUGGAGACGGAGGCCGUCAAUGAGAUUCUGGAAGAUAUUCCAGAACACGAAGAAGACUAUCUUGACUCGACUCUGGAAGAUGAGGAAAUUAUUAUUGCCGAGUACUUAUCCUAUGUAGAAAACAUCAAGGCAGCAGCAAAGCAAAACUAAGCGAUGAACAGAAAUAAGUACUUCAGUUUCUGCUUAUAAAUUCUAUCAUAUGACACGUGUAAUGCAGGUCUUUUUUUUCUUUCUUUUUAUCCAUUUUGCUUCCUACUCAAUGUAAGAGGGGCAGCAGGGAACUGGGAGGUACACGAGAGAGACGCGGGGGUGGGGCGCACGCUUAGGAAAUGAGCUGCCCCCUGGCCUGACCCUGCUGUUCCCCCUCCCCAGCCCCCCGACUCCCAGAGACAGGAAGGACUGGAGAGGAGGGUGGCCUCCAGGGAGGGGCUCCUGGAGGGCAAGCUGGACCUGUCCCCUCCUUGCCCCGCCGAACCCGCUGCUGGUCAUCUCCUCCCCACGAUGCCGCUCUGCCCCCUCCCGAAAAUGUCCUUUUUUAGAUCCUCAACCAUCCCAAGCGCUUUGGGCCUAAAGAUGAGGCAUCGGCCACGGGAGCCAUUCCAGUUGGGCCCGAUGUCCUCAGCCUGAAACGUCAGUGUUUUGUGCUUAGGUUAGUAAUACAGGCACUUAAAAUUCAAGGCUGAGAUUCAGAAUUUUAUAUGUAUUCAAACUUCUUUACAGAAAUAAAACGAUUUAUUAAAUGGGAAGGUCUUAAAGGCUAACCAAAGCAAUUUAUUUUUAAUUAGCACAUUAGAUGCAGUGCUGUCAGACUAAGCUCACGGCUGCUGAGAUACCUGUCAGAGAUUGAGAUAUAUUUUCUCCAUGUUUUUGUGGGGGUUUUUGGUAUAUUACAGAAGACUAUUUCUAAAGCUAGGUAGUUAGCCUCAAAUAACCAUUCUCUCUGCACCCUGCGUUCCUCUGUAAAGGUGAAUUAAAUGAAAACCCUCUCUAGCACCAGGACACAGCCAGGAGCAGCCUGGACUCUUCCUGCCCUUCCAGAAGUCACCGGAAGCUCCUGUGACCGAGGGCAAAUGGGUCCACGUCAUUGCUGUGAAGGGGCUGGCCAAAACGCUUCAACUUUUUCACUAAUCAUUUACAUAAAGCUUGGACAGCAGUCCCGGUUGGAUGGGUGGAAAUCUUUUCUUGUCAUUCUUUUAAAAUGGAUGAUACAGAUGAAAAUAAAAGAUGGAAAAUACAUUCAA